AUGACAGUCCUUUCGUCCAAGUAUAGCGAUCAAGUCCAGAAAGUCUCCAAAGACACUCCAUCUGAGGAAGUAAUUUAUCUGCUCAAGCGAGAUGGUGGCGUUUUCGUUAGAGGCCUCAUUCCGGAGGAUAAAGUCGAUCAGGCCAUUUCGGAAGUGAAAGAUCGCUUGGAUAGCGACGUGGAAUGGAACGGGAGUUUCUUCCCUGCGCAAACUCAGCGGGCUCCAUCUCUGAUAGCGCGCAGCCCUACAUACACCAGGACUCAAUUGAUGAACCCACUGUAUCAACAAAUCUGCGAACAUUUCCUUACAACAAGGAGCUGGUUCUGGUGGGGGGAUGAAAGGAAAGAGUCGGUUUCUAAGCCCUAUGUCCAUUCUUGCACUGCCAUGAGAAUUGGCCCCGGGGGAAAAGCUCAGCCAUUACAUCGCGACGAUUAUAUCAGCCAUCGCUACCAUACCGAGAUUGAUCAAUGGGAUGAUUCCCGCGACAUGGGUCGCGAGUCGGCGGUUGGAAUGUUUGUGGCUGGUUGUAAAGUUACCAAGGAGAAUGGUGGCACUCAGUUCAUUCCGAAGAGUCAUCUAUGGGGCACCGAUCGAAAGACGCCUCCUCGUGUCGACGAAUGCAUCUUUGCCGAGAUGGAGAAAGGUGAUACAUUCUUCAUGCUAGCCUCUGCCUUCCACGGAGGAGGGUCAAACAUCACGACGGAUGAGUAUCGAACACUCUUUUCCACCUUUGUUGUACGUGGAUACCUGCGCCAGGAAGAGAAUCAAUUCCUGGCUGUGCCGAGAGACGUCGCCCGGAGCUAUGACCGCGACAUCCAAGAAUUCAUGGGCUACUGUAUGAGUGAUCCAGCUUGCGGCUAUGUUGAGCAGAUGGAUCCGAUCUACCAUCUAUGCCCGGAGCUCAACACGGACUCUCGACCUAAAGAUUUUUAG